AAUUUGGUAAUAGAAUAUGAUCCUUCCAAUAAUCAGACUAUACUUUAUUGCAUUUGGAAUAGUAAAUCAAAGUGAGAGUUACCUUCAGCAAACAAACAAUUGAGGUUCUUCGUUUCGAUAAAACUUUGCCUAUUAAGAAAAUACAUAUACUAAUGGUAGUAAUAUCUUGAAAACCCCUUCUUCUUGUUGAUAGCUUUGAAAAUCUCCAAUGCAGGGAAAUCGCCUCAGCUUAUAUAUACUGUAUAUAUACACUGUUUUUCAUCUCUAUGUCUUUUUCAGACGUAUUUGCGACGAGAAAUAGAAGCAACUUUUUAUUGCAGAGCUUGGAAGACCCGCGCCUGUGUAAUCAAUCACGGAGUCGCCGAUACGAGAUGGAAUCCCGUGGAGAAGUACUCACUCAUAAAAUAUAUAGAGAUAUAGAGUACACUACAUAUAUCGAAAAUCAUAUAAAAGUGAUUUUUUUUUUUCAUUACAAAAGCAGACCAUAGACUCUAAACGCAGACUAUAGACUCUCGCCAUUCCCCCAAAUCGCCAACUUCCAACGAAAUCCGCCAACAAAGUUUACACAAAAAGACGUUAGAAUUUACACCGACUGGGCGAGACCUGACUUACCCCAACUCUUCUUUUACUCAUUAUAUACUUGUUUUACUUCUUAUUUACUUCAUAUAGAAAUUAUUGUCUCUUCUUGUAACCAAAUACGACACAGGAAUGAACGUGGACAGUGCCGUUUAUUGGUCAAGGAGCAGCAUAAUAGCUCUCCUGGAGAAGGUGAGGGAGUUUCCUUGCAUCUGGGACUUCGAAAGCCCAGAUUUUAAGAAAAAACUCCUCAAGAGGGAUUGCUACCACCGCAUAUGUGAUUCCUUGCGGGCGGAGUUUGUCGAGAUGAAGGACCUCACUGCAGAUCAUGCAAAAAAUAAAUUCAAUCAUUUGAGGACAUAUCACCAAAGAGAACUCAAGAAGAUUGAAAAUAUUCCUAGUGGAUCUGGAGGCCAGCAGAGCUCCAAAUGGGAAUACUUCAACCACUGCUCCUACAUGCAGCCAGGAGGGAGUUUGUACAGAGAGAAAAGUAAUGGGAAACACCCUCCGAGAGAAACAGAGGGAACACAGCCUGACCUAGUGGAAGAAAAUGCAAAUAAAAAGAGGAAACUCAAUCAGAGUGAGUUCAGUACAGCCGACACAUUGCAUCAGGACCAUCUACCAGGGAAUGAGCAGUUCAUGGAAAACAGACCUGAGGCUACAACUAGACAUGUCCUGCCCUGCCAGCCUUCACAUAAUAACCAGACAACGUUUACAACAUUCAGACCAAGAAUUGAGGAAGACCAAACAGCAGAUAGAUAUUCACAUCAGACCCUAAUCUUAAAGGGUUUGCUGGAGGAUGCAUCUUUUGCUGAUGUGACGCUGACAGCAGAGGGACAGUCAUUAAAGGCACACAAGGCAGUGUUGUCAGCCAUGAGCCCCUACUUCAAAAGUGUGCUGCAGAACAACCCAAGUCCUCACCCCAUCAUCAUCAUGCCUCUUGACAUGCAGUUUGAGGAUCUCAAAGGAAUUAUGGACUAUAUUUAUGUAGGUGAUAUAACUGUGGCGACUGAGAAUCUGUCCUCACUAUUUAAGGCAGCUCGAGUUCUUCAGAUUUCUGGCUUAUCAGCAAUUGAUGCUGUAGGUGUAAGGUCAUCUGAUAUACUCUUAUCAUCCAGUAAUGCAAAAUUAACUUCCAAAGACUGUAACUAUACUACUGUAUCAACUGGAACCAACCAUAUUAGUCUCAAGAUCAGAAGAAAUGAAAAUACUAAUACAUCUCAUGGAUCCAGAAAGAGCACAGUAUCAUCGAUCAUUGCCAUGCAAAAUUUGCCCCAGGGUAAAAGGCUGGAACAAAUACACAAAGGGGUGAGCAAUUUAGUGCCUGCUGUGGAGACUGUUGACCCAUUAGAUACAAAUAACCAAAAGAGACAUGAAAGUGUAGCUUCAUCCGAUGGACAGACAAAACAAAAAAGCUCAACACUGGCUGAUUUCUUCAUGCAUUUACCUGAUGAAGAAACCCUAUCAGUUGACACAGAUGGUGAAGUUACAGAAGAAUAUAAGGAAGAAUUAGGUGAUUCCCACCCUCAUCAGCAUGGGAGUGAAGACUCCUUCGAUCAGUCUUCAAGCAUAUCUGAUGAAAAGGAAUACAAGACCUUGAAUACUGUGGAAAUUAAAGAAGAACCAAAUUAUUAGAAAAAGCAGGAAAAUGAGACGAAUAUUUGCUCUUGAUUCAGAAAAAAAUAUGUUAUGAAAUUGUGGUAUGACUUUAUUGUUGUUAUUGUUGUUGUUGUUGUUGUUGUUGUUGUUGUGUAGUAUUAGUAUUAGUAUUAGUAUUAGUAGUAGUAGUAGUAGUAGUAGUAGUAGUAGUAGUAGUAGUAGUAGUCCAGUUACCAAAUGCAAUUUUCUCUGACAUCUUGAGUUUUUCUUUCAUUGUGUUUUCUUGAUGGAUAGGCACGAGUAAUGAGCAGCUUUAAUAACAAUGCAAAAUAUGGAAUGCUGAGGAAUUUUCAUGAAAAUAUAAUUAUUUCUUAACAUUCCUUUUCUUUUGUUGAGUUAUCUAAUUAUUACUUUUUCCCUUUUCUUUUCUUUUUUUUCUUUUCAAGAUGUCAAACCAGGAAUUUAUGCCUUGUUAGCCAGACUAAGAAUUUGCUUCCUCUUGUGAACAUUUUGAACAUAGUAUUUGUAUAAGUAUUUUGAAAUAGAUUUAUGCAGAUGUUUACUUUUUUAAAAAUAAAAGCCUAAAUAUAU